AUGGCAUUAUCGAAGCGGAAGCAGCUGCACGACGACGAUGAGUCCAGGUCUGCGGCCUCGGCCGUGCAGUCUGCAAAGACGCGCCGUGUGACGCGCCACUCGAUCGUUCCUCCCCCACUCCCUGUACCACCGAAAGACAUGCCCCAAAGGCGUGCUUUACGUGGAAACACAGGUGCAGGGCCCACUGCCGACAACAUUACGGAUGCAAAGACACACCAGGGGACAAGACGGACGCGACGCACACCGACCACAGCGAAAGAACAACCAGAGGAGCACUUCGACGAGCAAGAAGCAGAGGAUGAGGAGAGUAACGGGGAGAUCAGCGACGUGAAUGACCACCCGGGCACGAUAUUGAAGCGACAUACAAGGGGAAGGGCUGGCAGGAUGACCGGGCAGUCAGAGUCGGCCGAAAGGCCACGGCAGCUGCGCGGAGGCAAGACACUACCACCGCAGCCAGGUUCUACUGGACGGCCAUCAGUGCGCCCACAAAUCAACGGCCGCGCGAGCACUGCAGCUCGUCCAGCAGCUACAAAGCGGAAUACAAGACAAGCUGUCAAGGGAAGCGAAAUUGCUGACUCUGACGGCGAUACCAACGCCGACGAAGGAGAGCCUGAGGACGACGAGGCUGAAGCAAAAGAGGACAAUAAUGAGGAACUGGAGGACGACGACGAUGACGAGGAAAUCGACGAUACAGAGGACGAGCUUGCAGGACCGGCCACCAUCAUACCACCUCGGACCAAGACGUCAGCACCACCAGUGCCACAGCCAGCUGCGAGUGGACUGAAACGAACCAACGUCGUCCCACCAGCAGUCACGCCCGUGUCCCCUCCAAAGAUACCAUCUGCCAGGCCAAUGGUGGCCGAGGUUGUGCCUCCAUCGCCACCACCGUUGGCCACGGCAGCGGUGGCCAUGUCUCCUGUUCCAGCUCCAACAAUCCCGAAGAAAGAAACAACCAUUAAGCCUCCUGUGCCGUUGGCUCUGGCGUCUGCAACUACUCUCGCCCCGCCGAAGACAAUCACUGAGAUCAAGCCGCCCGCCUCACCACCAGCACCACGGUAUCUGAAGGCGACACCCAUCCAGCCUCCACACAUACCCCCGUCUCCAACGCAGGUUGUGCCACAACCACAAAAACCGAAAGCGGUCCAGCAACUCCGCGAAGAAGGCUUCGCGCGGCAGCAACAACAGCACCAGCAUUUGAGCAGAUCUCCAAAACAAACUAUCGUUACGACUGCCACCAGCAACAAUGCCACGACGGCGCCGCGUUCCGCAACUACCCCAACAUCGGCGACAUCACAAGCGGCUACGUCCACUGUUCCACCGUCGAGUCCUAGUCAACCCGAUCGUAACAUCGACAAGGUUGUCUUGGGAGAGAUCUGCUUCAAGGCUUGGUAUCCGUCCUACUACGGUAAAGAAGUACUGGGCGAUACGGCCGGAAACACCCACAACGGCCGUGGCAACCACCAGACCAAGGGGACGGGCAAGGAGAACCACGUGACCAGCCAUCACUACCAGCACUCGCACCAUUCACACGGCCACGGUCAUGGCCACGGCGGCAAGGACGCUCCCCCGAUGCUUGACCGGCUUUAUGUGUGCCCGUUUUGCUUCAAGUACUCCAAGGAGAUCGUGCCGUGGCACGGCCACGUGCAAGUAUGUGACUCCCAGUUCCAGAUCCCAGGUGAAAAGGUCUACGUGCACCCCAAGGGCGUGCGCACGAUCCACGUGCCCGUGUCGUCGACGACGCCGAAGGGAAAACGCAAGCGAGUGAGCAGCGGGGUUGACGUCCAGUACGUCGAGCAAGUCGUCAAGGAUGAGGGCGAAUGGAGCAUCUGGGAGGUUGACGGCGAAAAGGACGUGUUAUUUUGCCAGAACCUGUCGCUCUUUGCCAAGCUCUUCCUUGACAACAAGUCCGUCUUCUUUGACGUUACGGGCUUCUACUACUUUUUGCUGGUCUACACGCCACCACCAUCCCUGCCGUCGUCAUUGCGCGCAGCCGCCACAGCCACCGCGUCCCCCAUGAGCGGCGCCAAUGCAAACGGUCAGGCCAGCAUCCUGGGCGCUGCACCACGGCCGCGCGUUGUCGGCUUCUUUUCCAAAGAAAAAAUGUCCUGGGACAACAACAACCUGGCCUGUAUCCUUGUGUUUCCGCCGUGGCAGCGCAAGGGUCUUGGAGCAUUGCUCAUGGGCAUCUCCUACGAGAUCUCGCGCCGCGAGGGCAUCCUCGGCGGACCCGAGAAACCCAUCUCCGAUCUGGGCAAAAAGGGCUAUAAGCGGUUCUGGGGCAGCGAAAUUGCGCGAUGGCUGUUGAGCGUCGAUAUCACGACGGCAACAUCGUCACUUUCGCACCCCAAUGUGUCAUCACCGUCCAGCUCGCUGGAUCGCCAACCGACAGCUACUGCUAUCCCACCACCCACAAUACCGCCGCCAUAUGGGCCGCCCGCCGGCGCCGUGACCGCCGCCACCAGUGCGAAGGACGGAGCCAAUAGCACAGACAAUGAGUCUCUGAUCAUCGAUAUUGCCGACUGCAGCCGGGCCACGUGGAUCGUGCGCGACGACUGCCUGUAUGUGCUCCGCGACAUGGGCAUCGUCGAGGACGCCGGUAUGGGGCUGCCGAAGGAGUAUUGCGAGAAUGUGCUGGCCAAUCCCGAUGAGCCCUCCCAAGCUGUAGCGGAUGAUACCGACGGACUCGACUCGGCAUCGUCGGCAGGUGUCACAAACGGGCUAUCGUCCGCGUCGGCAGGGGCGACGGCUGCACGUGUGUCGAACUUGGUAUCGUCGGGGACUCAGGCGAGCAAUGGGGCCGUGUCCGGAUCGGCAGCAGGCGGUGCUGCAGCAGGUGGCACGCUGGCAGGGGAGAAACAAGUCGACGCGCCGAAGGAUGUGCAGCGUGUUCGCAUAUCCAAGGCGGCAGUGCGGCAAUGGGUGAAGGACCAUCGCAUCAACCUCGACAAAGCGUGUGAUCCAGCGGGGUUCAUCAAAAUAUAUACCAACAAGGACGAGUCUCAGCAGGCCCCCGAGGAAGUAUGA